UGCUGAAGAGUCUUCCAAGACUGCUGUUACAACAGAUGAUUAUGAAGAACGUCUAGAAGAAUGGGAGAGUAUUCAGAGUAAGAUCUUAUCUUGGUUUAUCAAUACCUCUAUUCCCUCCAUUCAUAAUCUUCUUCCUCGUCUUGAAACUGCUGAGGCUGCUUGGAAAUUUUUGGCCGAUCGUUAUAACUACACUAAUGAUUCAAGCUUGGAGUUUCACAUUGAAUCAAAGCUUUAUCAAAUGCGCCAAGAGACAGGUCAGUCUAUUUCUGAUUUUUAUUCUCAGACUUCUACUAUGUGGGAACAACUCUCUGCUGCAGAUCCUCCACUGGUGUGUUCUAAGGACAUUGAGCUCUUUGUCAAAUAUCGGGAUCGCCGUAGAUUUAUGCACUUCAUGAUGGGUUUACGUGAGGAUUUUGAGCCUACUAGGGCUUCUCUACUUAGCCGGUCUCCUACUCCUUCUCUUGAUGCUGCAGUAAAGGAGCUCAUUUCUGAGGAAAAUCGUCGGCCCACUUAUCACAUGACAUCAUCUGAUCAUGUCUUGGCUACACCCUCACCACAGCCUCCCAUUGUUGCAUUCACUGCUCCUCCGCGAAUAAACUCCUGGCGUCCCACCUCUCAGUCUUCCAAAGGUGCUCACUGCAAGUUUUGCCGUGCCAAAGGCCAUGACAUCUCUGUUUGUCGUAAGCUACAGAAAUUUGUGCAAGAGCAGAAUAAAGCUUCUCUUCCUCAGGCAGCUGCUGUAUGUCCUUCAGAUCCAUCGGUUCCUACAGGUCCAUCUUUGGCUUCCUCACUUACUACGGCUGAUAUUGAGGCAGUUGUUCAACAGGUUUUAUCCCGCACUUCCACUGCCCUUUCUGUCACCUCAGGAUCCCCGGACGGGUCAAGUGCUUGGGACAAGCCAUCCACCAUUGGCAGUAGUUCAUAUACUUGA